UCUGCAAUGCGAGGUCAGUCAUAGAGUUGGCAUCGUACAAUGGGUCAAAGAUGGCUUCGCUUAUGUUAUGCAGCCAAAUGGAAACAUUGUGGGUCAUCCAAGAUGGCGAAUCGUGGGCGAGCAGUCGAUGGGCAUAUAUAAUCUGAAUAUUAGGAAUGCAUCGCUGAGCGACGAUGGGCAAUACCAAUGUCAAGUCGGGCCGAAUGGACGAAUCAAACCAAUUCGAACUAAUGCGAAGCUCACUGUUCUAUCACCACCCCAGUCGGUGGAAAUUACCAGUCAUCGGCGUCGGUCGAAAAUCGAGAUCAAGCAGAACGAGUCACUAAAGCUAGAGUGCACUGUGCGAAUGGCCAAGCCUGCAGCAACAAUUGUGUGGUACCGUGGUAAUGUGCAGAUCAAAGGUGGCGAUAUCCAUGUCACGUCCGUCCCGAUCGCUGACGAUAAAGAAGUUCUAAAGACACCAGAUCAUAAAGACGGGAAACUGGAGAAAUUCGAUACUCAUGGGUCGAUCAACAUAACCUCAACGCCCGAUGAUGAUGAGAUGAGCUACACAUGCGAAGCCAAACAUCCGGCAAUACCGAUAGAGAAGCCGAUGCGCGCAAGUGCUCAACUCUCUGUCUUCUAUCCACCUGGCGCUCCCUACAUCGAAGGCUACGUCGAGGGUGAAACGCUCCGUCGGGGUCAGCAAGUCGAGCUCACGUGCAAAUCAAGGGGAGGCAAUCCACCGGCCCAGGUCGUCUGGUACAGGAACGGCGAGGUCGUCCACUCAGUGUACACUACCGAAGGUCGCAUAUCCAAGAACGUGCACUCGUUUAUCGCACAGGCAAGCGACGACAAGGCUAGAUUCGAAUGUAAGGUGACGAAUGUCAUGAGCGUCACGCCCCUCACAACCCAUGUCGACCUGAGCGUCUUGUUUUCUCCGAAUAGUGUCCAGCUAACCGGACCAACUGAAGCGAAGGCCGAGGAACAGGUGACAAUUACCUGCACGACCGACAUCUCAAAUCCAUCCUCGGAAAUCAAAUGGGUAGUUGACAAUCACAAAAUCAAUAGCAGCUCAAAAACAAUACCGGCAUCUCAAGGUGGCUCAAUUACCACCUCUAACAUCACCUUUCACAUUAACAAAAUGGCCCAGCGUGCGGUUGUUGUUUGUCAUGCUCUCAAUGUCAAACUUUCCGAGACUAUCGUUGGUACCCACACGAUAAAUGUUAUUUAUCCACCAUCUAGUUUGGAAAUUUCUGGCUAUGAGCAGGGCACUAAUAUCGUCGCAAGGACAAUUCUGAAACUUUCAUGCACCGCAAUUUCUGGCAAUCCUCCGGCAACCAUAACAUGGUAUAAGAACGACAAUAAGAUGACAAGCACAACAAGGCCACGUGAUCACGCGGUCACAAGCGAAUUAGCCCUCCUAGUCAACGCCUCCGAUAAUAAAGCCAACAUACGCUGCGAAGCUAGCAAUUCUGCCACCCAAAUACCUCUCGUACAGACUGUCAAUCUUAAUGUUUACUUCCUGCCGGAGAUGGUGAAACUAAGCAGCCAUCCAGCGGCAUUUCGAGCAGGUGAAAGUGGACGCCUUGUGUGUGAAUCGACGAGUAGUAAUCCGGCGGCAGAAAUGUCCUGGUGGAAGUCAGGCAGCCCCGUAAUCGGGACGACGAACAGCACAAAGGACGGCCUCUACGGCGGCUACAUAUCAAUGGUCGAGCUCGUCCUCGAUCUUACCGAGGACAUGAACGGCGAGGAAUACACUUGCCAGGCAAAGAAUCCAGAGAUAGACAGGAGUGUGCACGAUACUACGACGCUCAAUAUUCUCUACAAGCCCGUAUUCGAGAACCUCGAUCCGAGUCAACUGGUGGGCAUGGAGGGCGAGCCGUUCAUCGCCUUGGUCGUUGCCCGGGCGAACCCAGCCGCCAUCACGUACACUUGGUCGAGGGAUGGACUGCCGUUGAGCAGCGGCGCCGCGGGUGCGCGCAUAAUGGCACGCGGCUCGACCCUCAAUAUUACGCGACUCGAGAGGCACGACGCUGGCACUUACAUCUGUGAAGCUAUGAACGACGAGGGCACGACAUUUUAUCAGUUGAAUUUGACCGUUCAAUAUCCAGCGGCUAUAAUUCGCACAUCAACAUCGGGUGUAAUUUAUCCGACGGGCAUCGAGGCAAAACUCUUCUGCGAAGUCGAGGGCUCGCCGAUUGGCACUGAAUAUAUAACCUGGUAUAAGCAGAGCACAAACAUUGCUGAUCUCGACGACCAUUACAGCACGUACUUCUCCAAUAAAACAUCGUAUUUGAGGAUUAAGAAUCCGAAUCACAACGACGUCGGCGAAUACAGAUGCAAUGUUAAUAAUGGCAUUAGCAACGUUACUUCGGAACCUAUACUUUUUAUCACUAAUUUUAAACCAGAAAUGAUUAAUACUCCACUGACAAAAAAAGUGGCUGUAAAUAAUGGUGCGAAUGCGAAACUUUUUUGCAAAUCACGGGGAUCACCAUUACCACAUUUCACAUGGGUAUUCAACGGAAAAAUCAUACUACCAAAUGUGACCGAUUAUAAAUACGGCAUCACAUACACGAACUUAUCGGAGUUGAACUCGCAGUCCGUCCUCAUUGUCUAUCAUGUGGGCCAAUUGGACUACGGCUCGUACAUGGGCCAGGCUACCGAGACGAUUGGUCUGGAUGUGACGUCACCCCCGGACGAGCCCAGCGAUCUCGAAGCUCUGAACGUCACCCACGACAGCGUCAGUCUCGCAUGGAAGCGUGGCUUUGACGGCGGCCUGCCCACCUCACACCAGAUAAGAUGGCGCGAAGCCGAAGAGGACGGAGCGAACUAUCGAUACGUGGAUGUCUCACCCGGCAAUUACCGGGCCGUCGUUGAGCAUCUAGCAGUCGGCACAAAUUACCUAUUCAGCAUAAGGGCCAAGAACUCCAAGGGUGAGAGCCCAUUUCUGCCGGAUCACCUCAGAGUUCAGACGCUACGUGAGAGACCGCCCAACGAAUUGAUAGUCAGCGAGAUAAAUUCCUCCUACAUCAUCGUAAUAAUCAUCGCUGUAUCCGCCUGUGCUUGUCUCCUCAUUGCCACGCCCAUAGUCUAUACUGCCUUCGUAUCGAAAAAGAAGGCCCAGCGAGCUGGAAUAAACAAGUCGCAAACAGCAGAUAUGUACGCACCGUCGACGGUGAACGGCGACACAAUGACCGGCGAAUUGAGCUCAGUGUCGGACGAAAAGAGCGACGUAAAUUUCGACGCUAAUGAUUACGUGGACGAAGGGCGCAAGACAGCGGCGAGCACAUACCUAAUCGACCCGACUCUGCCGGACUACGGCAAAAGCGGUCUCGAGAUGCAGGUGCACCAACAGGGCAGCCUGAAUCGACGCAGCAACCACAUCCCCAGCAUCCUGAACAUGGACUCGCCGCCGCAACGUACAACGGCCAGUGGUACACUAACCGCUUCGAAAUCGAGCUACAUCGGGAACCCGAGCCCUGCCCCGCCCUCCGACGUAAACUUCUACAGCGUGGAAAUGGAGAGCGGCCGCUUCAUAGGAUAUGAGGCAAAUCCGAGCCCGGCUCCAACCUCGACGAUUCUCGAGGGUCCGGGCCCGGGCGCCUACUAUCCGUCAUUGAGUCCGGCCUCCACCCAUCACCAUCAGCAACAGCUUCAACAACACCAGCACAAUCAACAGCAAGGCAACAGCCUCGGCAGCCACGGGACAAGUCUCCUGAUGGGGGUCGGCAGCUUUGGCGGAUCCAUCGGCCUGGGCCCAGGCAUGGGCACCCUUACCCGGACGAGGACUCUGCCACGACCCGUGCCCCCCCCAGACGUCACUGUUAUGACUGCUGGAACAAAAUCACCCCUACCCCCGACGGUACCCCCCCCGCCAGCUACAUUUGCACGUGCGGCCCCCAUCCCCGUACAUUCCCACGGGCAUCCACUGUCAACUUUCACAUCGACACCGCAGUACUCUGAUAUUGACGGCCAUCUCGUCUGAGCUCUCAGGUGUGCUGAAGCUGCCGAGACGAGCGAAUGGUACAGUGACGAGGACAGCACCAGACUCUAAUUCUAUCUCCAGUCUAUGCUCCGUAAGCCCGCCAAAUAACCCAUUGAAUAAAGAUCAAGAGAUCUUACGAUCCAGACGGUGAUAAGCCAUCACCAUUGGUCGAGCUCUCUAUUACACGGCCUUGCAUUACGAUCCAUUAUGUUGGCGUAUUGCAAUGCAUACCUAUACAUAUUAUAAUGGGCUUUUUUGCAUACCUGUGUAUGAGCAGGACCAUAUAAUUAAUGA